UCUUUUCUGUUUUUUCUUUUCUUUUCUUUUUCCACCAAAAAAAAACCUAACAACAGCUCACCACGCCCCAAAACACACACUUGGCAAAAUAACCUUAGCAAAGGAGCAGAGAAAUCUUCAAACCCCAAAACCAAGGCUUCUGGAGACAGGCAAGGGAGGGCUUCUCUAAAUUACACCUGCCGGAAAUACUAUCAAAAACCUACCUUUCUAGAUCCGUUUAUUCUGUUAUUGUGCAAAGAUCUAUUUUUUCCCUCUUCAGAUCUCUCCAAUUUUUUUUCUUGGGGAAUCAAUCAAUAAUGGAGAUGGAGUUUGUGGAGUUAUUUGAUGAAGCAAAGAAAGCUGCGGAUGCUUCUCUCAAUGAUGACGUAUCGUCUAGUGGACCGGAGGUGACUCGGUGUGUUGAUUCGCUGAAACAGCUCAGGAAGUUUAAAGUUACUAGUGAACUUCUUGUUUCUACUCAGGUUGGGAAAAAACUUCGACCUCUUGCAAAGCAUCCUAAGGAGAAAAUCCGAGCUGUAGCCUCUGACUUGCUUGAGAUGUGGAAAAAGACAGUCAUUGAUGAGACAAGGAAAAAAAAUGGUAGCAUUGACAGUAAAAGUUCAGUAAAAGCUGAGGUGUCAAAAAUAGAGACUGUCAAAGUUGAGAAGCUUCGAAAGACUAGUGUGGUAAAGGUUGAAAAGGCUUCAACCUCAGAAACUGUUAAAGUUGAGAAAAUGGAUCAGGAUAAGACUGUCAAGGUUGAGAAGAUGAGCAAGCAGGAAAUCCAGACUUCCAGUGUGAAGCAACCAUCACAAUCACCUAUUGGUCCACCAAAGCUGAAGACACUGGUUAAAUGUAAUGAUGCUUUACGCGACAAAAUCCGUGAACUUCUUGCAGAGGCCUUGUCCAAAGUUGCUAGCGAGGCUGAUGAGGACAUUAGGGAUGAAGUAGAAGCAUGUGACCCUAUUCGAGUUGCUGUGUCUGUAGAAUCCAUGAUGUUUGAAAAACUCGGUCGGUCAAAUGGAGCACAAAAAUUGAAGUACAGAUCCAUAAUGUUCAAUAUCAAGGACCAAAACAACCCAGAUUUUAGGAGAAAAGUUCUUCUUGGAAAGGUCCAACCAGAGAGGCUUGUUACCAUGAGCCCUGAAGAAAUGGCAAGUGAACAAAGGAAGCGAGAGAAUAACCAAAUUAAAGAGAAAGUGUUGUUUGAUUGUGAGCGUGGUGGUCAGGCACAAGCCACAACUGAUCAGUUUAAGUGUGGUCGUUGUGGACAGCGCAAGUGCACUUACUAUCAGAUGCAGACCAGGAGUGCAGAUGAACCUAUGACGACAUAUGUAACAUGUGUAAACUGCAACAAUCAUUGGAAAUUCUGCUAAUCUGGUCUUUAGGUAGGACCGCACUUCUGUAGAACUGGUAUGGAGCUGGUUAUCUGUGAAGCUUCAUCUGUAUUUUUAACUGAACUACCAUUUCAGUUUGUUGUCUUAGGUAUUUGGGAGAAAAUAUUUCAUUCAUUUCCAUUUUCUGUAGCCUGUAGGGAUAUUUUGUUCAGGGGGGUCUAUCCAGGCUUCUGGUCUAGUCAUUUGAUGACUUUAGCCAGACCUGAGAUCGGAGUAUUCUGGUUACCUCAACUUGUGUUAUUUUAUAUCUUCUUGUUUUACACUUGAAGCUUUCCUU